AUGCACCCACCUACGGUUCGUGUAGAUGGCUUGAAUUCUGGCCUAGCCUGGACAAGUGUUGGCGUUGUGCAGGGUGCACCGCCAGCUGCUGACAAGAACAAGCAGGCUGUGCAGGCACUGCGGCGCCUGGUUGACCUCAAGGAGGUCAUUUGUCAAGAGGACAGGGCCAAAAGUCCGCAGCUCCCUGGGAGCUCUGUGCUGGUGCACAGCAUCGCCAGUGAAGAGCUCUUCCCCCCCGUCAUGCUGGACGACCUGGCAGGACAGGCGGCGGAGGCUGCGAGCACAGCAUGCAGCCCAAGUCUGUACUCUGCCGGUGCGGCUGGAGGAGGUGGUGGCGGCAGCUCAACCACGGAUGAGAGAAUGCGACAGCUCGUCCUCGAGAACCAGGCUUUGCGGGAGGCAUUCGGAGACACGCAGAAGAGGUUGAUGGAGCUGGAGGAUGAGAGACAAUGCUUCCUCGACGAGGGUGUCUAUGAUGUGGUAAACUCCAUCUGUGGCCAAACCGGGCUUUCUCCCAAAGCGGGCCUUACUGGCUUGAUGGGCGACGCGGACAACCACACCACCAAGACCAAUGGUGAUGCUGGUGCCAUCACCUUCCAUAUUGGCAGUGUGGACCCGUCUGCUGACCUGCUGGCACUUGCGGGUUCACCGGUGGCUCCGACGCCUUCGGCUGACCUGUUGGCACUGGCGGGUUCGCCGGCGGCCCUGCCGCUGUCGCCUCUGUCUCUCGCUCAGAUGGUGGCGAAGAGGUCGGAGCAGGAUCUUCGGUCAGCAGAGCUUAGUGGUGAGAACGACAAGCUCAGACGUGAGCUUGAGCGAACCACGAAGAUACUGGAGGUUCUGGAGCAGCAGAGGCAUCUGGCAGAGGACAAGAUGUUGGCACUGGAGCAGGAGCAUGCGGUGCUCGUGCGAAGACUGGCGGAGAUGGAGGGAGGUGCACGGUCGGAGCUUUCUUCCGGCUCCUUCGAGGUCGGAACCGCCCAGUCUCCUUUAGUACUUGGAGGAUCAUGGGACUUAGUAAGUAAGGUUAUAAGUACCUUACUUGGGGUUAUAAGUAGUUAUAAGUAUAGUUACCUUAAUUAUAACCCUAGUUACUAA